ACCUGGCGUCGGUGGAGACGUCAUCCUUCCGCGCCUUGAUUCAAGCCUUUUCCCUCUUUGCGUCGUUCCCGUUUAAAUCGCGUUAGUCCGCGUACCCGGUCUCCUUUUGCCGCCGCUGUGUUUUUAUUUUUUAUUCGGCAGAAUGGGCCCAAUAGAGCUCCUCCACAUGUCGGUUUUCUCCCAGAGUUUUUCUCCCUGCGGCCGGUUCCUGGCGGCCGGAAACAACUACGGAGAGAUCGCGCUCUUCAGCCUGUCCGCAGCUCUGAGCCCAGAUGCCACCGGACUGAGUCAGAAACCGGUUCUAACGUUCACUGCUCACGAAGGCCCGGUGUUCUCUCUGCUGUCCACGGACUGUCACCUCCUGAGUGCAGGAAACGGAGAGAUCAGCGCCUGGAGCUGGACUGAACUCAUCAAGAAGAAUGUCAAAGCUCUGUGGACGAAAAGACCCAACUACAAGUCCAGUCUGGAGAUCCCAGAGAUCAACUCCAUGGCCCUCAGCCCCAGAGACAACAGUCUGGUAGUCGGCGGGGGAGACAACAACAUCCACAUCCUGGACCUGGAACACGGAGUCUUCAAGUCGGUCCUGCAGGGUCACUCGGACUACGUCCACUGCGUGAGCGUGAGGGAGAGGGAGGCGGAGAUCCUGUCGGGGGGGGAGGACGGCGCUGUGAGGAUCUGGGACUGCAGGACGGGCCAGUCUGUCCACUGCAUCGAGGUCUACAAGUACGAGAGCUGUGCGCGGCCUCAGUGCGGGAAGUGGAUCAGCUGUUUGACCACCGACUCCGACUGGAUGCUGUGUGGUGGAGGUCCGUCUCUGUCUCUGUGGCACCUCCGCUCUCUGUCUCCCACCUCCACCUUCCCGCUGACAGGCUGCCAGAGACAGGCCGCCUUCUACCAGGACAUGAUCCUGGCGGUGGGUGAAGGUCCCUGUGUCUCUCACUGUCUGCUGGGGGGAGAGGUCAAAGCUCAGAUCCCCUGUUCUCCACAGAGCCUCAACACACUGCAGCUCAACACCAACAGCACCGAGCACCGGGUGCUGACGGUUGGAGGCAGCAGCGACCGCAUCGAUGUCUUCACCAACCUGUCCUACAAAGCAUUUUCCCUCAGCUUCUGAGCACACGUUGCAUUCCCUCGCCCCUCAUCCUAAUCUGAACCCGGUUCUAACUUGAACCCUCGAACAGCCCUUUGACGGUGUGAGGAUCAGAAAACGUCCUCGAAACGAUGGUUUAGAGCUAAAAUUUGUCAGCACAACCAUAGGACAUGAACGGUGACGUGUGGAUGUUAAUGUGUCUGGCAGGUGAAGCUCCGAUCAUUAAUCUGAGUAUUUGUGAAGGUGUCAGAAACUCCCCUCAGCUUUUAUAUCAUUUUGUCUGAAGAUAAUAAAAUAUUUGUCAUUUUA